UGCUGUAGGAGCUCUAUCGAGAAUAGCUCGGCUGGGCUCCAGAAUCUGUAAAAACCGUGUAACAUUAAGCGGAAACUCACAGAGAAGAGGAAUAGCCGCAUGCAUCGACCCAAUGAAAUGAACAAGCGACAACAUGUGACCUGCACAGCUUCCCACGGACUCACAGAUGAACAGAAGGAGUUUCAAAAAGUGGCCUUUGACUUUGCAGCCAAUGAAAUGGCCCCACACAUGGCGGAGUGGGACCAAAAGGAAAUCUUUCCAGUGGAAACGAUGCGUAAAGCGGCCCAGCUGGGAUUCGGUGGGAUUUAUGUUCAGCCAGAUGUCGGAGGAUCUGGCCUUUCUCGGCUGGACACGUCGAUCAUCUUUGAGGCUUUGUCCACGGGAUGUGUGAGCACCACAGCCUACGUCAGCAUCCACAACAUGUGUGCCUGGAUGAUAGACAGCUACGGCAAUAAGGAGCAAAGGGAAAAGUUUUGUCCUGAUCUCUGUUCUAUGGAAAAGUUUGCCUCCUAUUGUCUCACUGAACCAGGCAGUGGCAGCGAUGCCGCUUCUCUUCUGACCUCUGCUCAGCGGAAAGGCGAUCAUUACGUCUUGAAUGGCUCAAAGGCCUUCAUCAGUGGAGGAGGAGACACAGAUAUCUACGUCGUGAUGUGCAGAACUGGAGGUAAAGGACCUAAAGGUAUCUCAUGUCUGGUGGUGGAGAAGGGAACCCCCGGCCUCAGUUUUGGCAAAAAAGAAAAAAAGGUGGGCUGGAACUCUCAGCCGACCAGGGCCGUGAUAUUUGAGGACUGUGCGGUUCCAGUGGUGAACCAGCUCGGUGAGGAAGGACAGGGCUUCAACAUCGCCAUGAAAGGCCUGAAUGGAGGCAGGAUUAAUAUUGCUUCCUGUUCUCUUGGGGCGGCGCAUGCUUCUGUGCAGCUGGCGAGGGAUCACCUGUUAGUGCGCAAGCAGUUUGGAGAAACACUCUCAAACAACCAGUUUCUUCAGUUCAAACUGGCAGAAAUGGCCACCAAGUUGGUUGCGUCUCGCCUUUUGAUACGUGAAGCAGCGCAGGCGUUGCAGGAGGACCGCCCCGAUGCUGUUGCCAUCUGCUCCAUGGCCAAGCUCUUUGCCACAGACGAGUGCUUUAAUAUCUGCAACCAGGCUCUUCAGAUGCACGGUGGGUACGGUUACCUUAAAGACUACGCAGUGCAGCAGUUUGUCCGGGACAUCAGAGUCCACCAGAUCCUAGAAGGAACCAAUGAAGUGAUGAGGAUGAUCAUUUCCCGAAAUCUGCUGUCGGAGUUGUGAUAAAGCUCGUCCUCUGGAUUUAAACUGACCAUAUUGUUAUGGUCUUCAUAUCUGGUUUGUUACAGUAUGACUGGUACUGCCCUGCACAUCAUAGUUUCUUUUACAAAGGUGCUCAAAACCCAUUGAGAAUUUUGGGAUAAACUAGUCAGUUAGCUAGAAAUGUUUUUAAAUAAAUAAUGUUGGAUCUUUUAUUUAAUUUUUAGCUACAGUGUUGACUGUCUGAGUAAAAGCUGCACUGACUUCAAACAGCAGAUACACAGAUUCAUGUGCAAUAGAAAUCCAAUCACACUUAUUCUAACAUCAGGAUUCAUCUCAUGAUCUCAAAUAGACUAAAUUUUUAUAUCAGCACAGAGUAGAACUGAUUACUACUAGUGAUGUCUGAAAAGAUCUCAUAAUGCUUGUAUGAAUGAGUCUUUUUUUUAGCUUUUUAUCAUUUUCUCUUUGAUCUGGCUAAAGGUCCAGUAGCAGUAAGAAAAACAACAUAUAUUAAAAAAAAGCAUUUUAUUUUUAUUUUUUUAUCAAUAAUUUUUAGCUUGUGUGAAGCCAUUCGUGUGGAAUUUACAUAAUGAGAAGAGAUUUGGUUUCUGUAUUAAAAGUAGUUCACCAACUUUUGUUUUAACAAGAAGUCGAUCAGCCCUGGUGCAUUGUUACCGUAUUUCACCCUGUUUUGUCCUCUUUAGUCUCCAGAAUUAUGUGGUUGGUGUGUUGGAGGUUAUAUAAUGAAAUGUUACACUCCAAAUAAAAUGAUCCAACUUUCUUAAAAAUACUCGAACACCCUGAAUGACACUUUUUUGGGGCGUCAGUCUUCAUUCAGUUCUUGUAAUGUUUGAAGUACAAAAAGAAAGUGGUAAGUGUUGUUAUCAUUUGUUAGCCGUAUUGAACAAAUAUCUUCUUUCAGCUUUUCCUUUUAGGAGUCGCCACAGUGGUUCAUAUGCCUCCAUCCUACCCUGUCCCCAUCUUGCUCCUCUGUCACACACACACCCUGCAUGUCCUCCCUCGCUACAUCCAUAAAUCUUCUCUGUGAUCAUCUUCCUCUGGAUUGUAGCUUCGUCUUCAACAUCUUUUGUACAUUUCUCCUUUGCCUCUCUAACUUUGUCUCCAGUUCGCUCAACCUGAGCUGUUCCUCUGAUGAACUCAUUUCUAAUCCUGCCCCUCCUGGUUAUUCCCAAUGAAAAUCUUAACAUCUUGAACUCUUCCACCUCCAGUUUUGACAUCAUCUCCAAACCAUAAAUCAGAGCAACUCUCUUACUACCUUCUUAUUAACCUUCCAUUCCACUCUUGCUGCUAUCCUUGUCAAAAUCGCAAGUUCUAAACUUUUUCCAAUUUCACUACAUCAUCAUACGUCAUAUCCUGUUAUCUGUUAAUCUAUUAGACACAACCUUGAGUCAAUAUAACUCCACCCUUUUGGCCUGGUAGGUCUUUUACCUCCUUAUCAGCAGACUGAGAAUGUCUAAGUUAAGAAGACUGCUUGAAUUUUUAACUGAUUACCAUGAAGUGUAAAUGAAUGUUUCCUCACUUGAAUGUAUGUUCAUCCAUCCACUCUCCAUCUAAUAACCCUCGCAAAUCAUCAUCAUUGUCAUAAAUAAGCCCUUUAGAACGGGCUCCUGGACCCCAUGUUUGAAAGUGGACACCACAUCAGAUGUAAUGUAAGUUAGCACAACCAACUUCAGUGUAGUUUUUUCAAUCCUUCUGUCACAAAUCACCCUUGACACUCGUCUCCAACUGCUCCACCCUGCCGGCACUCCGUCUGUUGCUUUGAAGGGUUUACCCCAGUUAAUUAAACUCAUCCACCAGCGACGGAGAGAUGACAGAGGAAAAAGUAAUAAGAAAAAGUAGCAGUUCAUAAAAUCCCAGCAUCACUGUCCCUAAAGUGGUCUUUCAAUCCUUAUGUAUUUUCAUGAUUAUUGCAAUUUUACUGUAUUUCAUCCUUUUCUUUGCUUUUUGCAGAAUUACAGAAAUAUGUCACAGGUGCUGUGAAGGUUAUAUAAUGAAAUG